AUGAUUAAGAGAUCAGAGAAAGUGGAAGAACAAAACAAGACUCAGUUAAAAGUCUCAGUUCAUGAAGAAACAUCUGUAGAAUCAUUGCGAGAGCUUACAUCUAAAUAUUUGUUAUCCCAUAAAGAAGAAUAUAAUCCAUUCCUUACUGAUGCUGAAACAGGUGAUGUGAUGUCAGAAGAACAAUAUUUAAAGUAUUGUGAAGACAUAGUUAAGACAUCGUCAUGGGGUGGACAUGUUGAAAUACAGGCUUUAUCUAAUAUUUGUGGGAAACCAAUAGAAGUUAUCCAAGCUGAAGGUCCUAGUGUAAUUGCAGGUGAUGAACAUGACAGCCCUAGAUUAAUAAUCAGCUAUCAUAGACAUGUGUAUGGUCUUGGAGAGCAUUAUAACUCUGUUGUGCCUGCAGCCUGUUGAUAGUUCUGAUCCUCAGCUUCCAAAAAGAAAAAAAAGAAAAAAAAUGUUCAUUUUUGUGUUUUAACUGCAUUUACAUGUAUAUCUUAUGUGAUUUACUCUACUGGAUUAUCUGUGAUUAAAGAUGAAUAAAGUUUUUGAGUAUAA